AUGAGCUGGUUGUGGCCUUGGAUCUUGCUGUGUUGGAUGGUGAAUACAGACAUUGUAAGGACUUCUUGUGUGACUCAUCAUAGCCCCAGCCCACAGGACAUCCAACAUGCCGAGGAACAUCACCUGAAGAUGCGCAGUCGCAGUAAAAGGCAUGCAGAACUCAGAGUAAUGCAGCAUUUCUUUGACCUGGAGGAAAGUGCUCUUCUGGAUCAGAAAACUGUGCAUGUGAUGAAAGAGGCCAGAUGUGGAGUACCUGAUGUGGAGAACUUCAGCGUUUAUCAUGGACGGUCCAAAUGGAAGAGCAACACCAUCACUUACAGGAUUGCGAGAUAUACCCCUGAUCUCUGUCGAGAAGAGGUGGAGAACUCCUUGCGUUUGGCUCUAAAUAUGGUGAUGCUGCAUGCUCCUCUGAAGUUUGUCCAAGUAAACCAUGGCAAGGCAGACAUUACCUUCUCUUUUCUCUCCAAAGCACAUGGAGACUUUUUCCCUUUCGAUGGGCCUGGAGGGGUGCUAGCUCACGCUUUUGAGCCUGGAGAGGGCACUGGAGGAGAUGUUCACUUUGACGAGGAUGAAACAUGGACAGCGGGACACAGCAGAGCAGGAUACAGUCUGUUCACGGUGGCAGCACACGAGCUCGGUCACUCUUUGGGUCUGUCUCACUCGAGGGACCCCACUGCUCUUAUGUAUCCCAAGUACAAGUUCAUCAACGCUGCAACACACAAACUGCCAAGAGACGGCACACUGAACGAAAUGGUCAUUUGUUUCCCUUUUUCUCUUUUUUUGAAAGGAAAGAAAACAAAACAACAGAAGACACCUGAGAUCCCCUAUAAGUGUGAUCCCAACUUUUCUGUUGAUGCAGUGACAAUAUUCGGAAAAGAAAUUAUUUUCUUUAAAAACAGGUGA